CGGGAGGCAUUUCAAUCAAUCAGCGUCUUCCGAACAACGGUCAGCUUUGAUAACCCCAUCGAUCGAGGAGGAGGAACAGAAAACACACACACAAAAUACUGUCCUUUGUCAGUCACAGGGCCCAGAAACACUGGAAGCACAUGGUUCAGUUCGGUUCGGUCCCAUUCGGUUGGAUUUGAUUUGAUUUGAUUUGAUUUGAUUUGGUUCACCACGAGCAGCAAAUCCGAGAAGAACCCAAGCAAAAGCAACCCCCGCGAGGCAGGCAUGACGAUCAAGAACAGCGGCACGUUGUCGGGAAGGAUUUCCUCGGGACCGGUUCCCUCCGCUCCGAUGGAGAUCGCGGAGGAGGUUGCUACCGUGACCGCCGAGCCCGUAGAGGACGACCCGUACAGCGCGGAGAGCAACACCAACAUUCCCUACGCCCACGCCACGAGCCUGGAAUUCGGGAGCCUUCCGGAGCCGGCGCCUCUGGCCUCCUCUUUUUCGCGGCAAAGCGGCAAUCCGCCCCCGCCGGCCCGGACCCCGAUCGCCUAUUCCACGGGAGCUCCCCCGCGACCGCCCCCGCCGGCCCGGACCCCGAUCGCCUACUCCACGGGAGCUCCCCCGCGACCGCCCCCGCCGGCCCGGACCCCGAUCGCCUAUUCCACGGGAGCUUCCCCGCGGCCGCCCCCUCCGACGCCCGUGGCGGUGGCCACGGGGACACCGGUGCAGCAGCAGCAGCAGCGGAGAAACCAGGGCUGCGAGGAGUGCUGCGGGGGCCGGACGUGCUGCUGCAUCACGAUCGUGAUUCUUUCGGUGCUGGGGGCCUGUUGCCUCCUCCCCUUUGUGAUCGUCUUGUCGCUGGGAAUGAUGAGCUCUCAGAUCCUCUCGCAGCUCGACGACGAUUUUUUCAACCAGCCCGCCGGCGGCUUUGACGACGACUUUUACACCAACCAGGGCUUCGACGACGACUUUUACACCAACAACAAGGGCUUCGACAAAGCCUUUUAGGGCAACCGACGGGCCCGGCUCGCGGCAGGGGAAGAAGCCCGGCGCCGCAACGAAGAGCACGCGACGGCCCGCCACGCRCGACKGUGCGACACACCGUGCCACACGAGCGAGCUGCGUGGGCUCUUCCUCUCUACAGCAAAGGCAUCGCGCUGUGCUGUUGGGUUGCUGUUUGGGUGCCGUGUCCGAUCGCGUGGAUGCCCACCGGCUCGAACGACAAGAACGAAAUUGAUGCCACUCAACGAGAGAGUGAAGCUCGAUGCAAAGAACCCCCCCCUCCCCCCAAUGUACCCCGGCCCUCUUAUCUCCCCGCUGCACUGCCGGACAAUCUUUUUCUUGGAUUGUCGAAGAAAGCAUCAAAAGAAUCAGGCUGCUAUUGAUAUCAAAACACGUCAAUUAUACUGCAAUAUUUUCCUAUCUGUCCUGUCUAUUCCUCGCAAGCAUUAUCUUUGAAUGCAUAGAAUUGUGCAAUCAUGUCGUUCAUUGAAGAUCGYGUCGUUCGAUUUAGCAACACUAAAACGAUCUGAURCAGUUCARUGUUCCCUSUAUAGCAGUAGAUGUUCAUAUCACCUCAUCUUCUUUUUGUCGCAAGCCCCUGAUCGCUGGUCUUGCGUAGACGUCCACUGCUCUGAUUCAUGGGAUUUUCCCUUCUCCUUUACUCUCUCCUUGCAACUUAUGUUCCAACAAUGCGGCUCCAUCUUACUAUCGUUUUUGUUUGCAAUGAUAAGGAGCAGCACUAUAGAAGUCCCUUCACCACCAGAAGUAAACGGUAAUAUGAUACCAUCGUCACUAGCAAUCACAAAUGGAGGUUCUCCAGUAGUAGUAAGCACUACAAAUGGAUAUUCUCUAGUGUAGAUGGGAACUCUGAUACAAGCUCCCCAGCGUAAGUAGCAACGAUAGACAAACUUAAUAUUUCAGGGCAUGGAGGGGUGGGGGUGGGUAGGGGCAAAUGGACAGGGAGAAAUAGACGGCAAGCCAGCCACUGGGACUUGGCCGUACCAGUGCGGUUGUUAGAUUUGCGGUUACACCGACUUCAUGGCACUAUCCAAGAUUGAACCAAAUGGAUGGUGAAACCAUAGAAAACAGAAAACUAGUGUGUUGCCUGACUCUCAAGCUCCUUCCCCUCUCAAGCAGCACCAAUAGAACCCACUUAACCAG